AGCAAGCUGAACCUGCGUCGAGUCUGAAGUGGCUCGGCAGGCUCUGAGCCCUUUGUGAGCAUUGUGACGAAGACACUUCAACAGGCGCCAGCGACAGAUGCCUCUUCACUCUCCAAGGCUGUGUUCUUUAAGACACCAUCAUAACACAUUUUAAGCUUUAGCAGUGAAACAACUUUGGCAUCAAUCAUCAAGUUUUGGUUCAUUUGGAGGCUAAUUUAGGAUGAACUUGGACAAAGGACAUAAAUGGACAAAGGCCUAUUUGUGUUUUAUCAAGACAUCGGUUCAUGUUUUGUUUAUCUUCUGUGGACCUUUUUGCUCAUAGAGGACUGUAUCAGUUGUUUUUUACUCCCAGCAAAUCGAGUAUCAAGAUUUGAUCAGCCUGACGUAUCUAGGUAAGGCUACACCUAGAUCAGCUCAGCACUUGGGUUCGUGGGAAGUUAGAGGGCCAGAGCUGCUGACAGAAGUGGAUGACAUCAAUUAUACCCUAGCCACAAACCCACUAGGCCUGAUGGUGCCGUUUCUGAAGCUCGAUCAAUCAAAAAUAGGUGAGCUGCCACUAGCGGCUGCACAGCUAUUGACUCUUCAAUAAUUCAUCAGUUUGUAAGAGGGGGAAAGUAAGAGAGCUAGGAGUGACGGAUGGUGGUGGAGGAAGAGAAGACUAUCACCGGGGGGGAAAAAGUAGAAAAACGCUGAGUUGAAGACAUCUGACUAGAUGUUGGAAAGAAACACAGAGACAUAAGAAGCUUGAGAAGGGAAGGUAGUUUAAGACAGGACAGUGAGUGACUCAAAUUCAGGAUUGUGAAAGGCCCAGACAGAGAAAGCAGGUGGAGCAAAGGAGUGGGCCUUGAAGUGAGAAAGAGGACAUAGACAAGUGUUUUAAAGGUCAGUUUCAGGUGGUCAGAAGACAUCGAGAGCAGCCAUCAUGGUCAACACAGGCAUGCAGUUGAUCAGCUUCACCUGCGCGGUGACAGGUUGGGUCAUGGCCAUCGCUGUGACGGCCUUGCCUCAGUGGAAGGUGUCAGCCUUCAUCGGCAGCAACAUCCUCACCUCCGAGAUCAAGUGGGAGGGCAUCUGGAUGAGCUGCAUCUACCAGACCACGGGCCACAUGCAGUGCAAGACCUAUGACUCCAUGCUGGCUCUUCCCCCGGACCUCCAGGCAGCACGUGCCCUCAUGUGUGUGGCCAUCUUCCUGGGCUGGUUGUCCUGCACCGUGUCCUGCUGCGGCAUGAAGUGCACCACAUGCGCUGGCGACGACCGUCGCGCCAAGGCGGGCAUUGCCCUCUCCGGCGGCGUGCUAUUCAUCCUGACGGGCCUGUGCGUGCUGGUGCCCGUCUCCUGGACCGCCAACACGGUGGUCCAGGACUUCUACAACCCCAACGUGCCUGUCAUGUACAAGCGAGAGCUUGGCCAGGCGAUCUACCUGGGUUGGGCAUCUGCAGUUAUUCUGAUAAUCAGCGGGGCCGUGCUGAGCAGCACCUGCCCCCAUAUCGAGAGGGGAGGAGGGGAGUACCGCCGGGGAUACAUGGGCCGGAGCUUUCCUAACUUGCGCCCCUCCCCCCUCGCACCUGAUCCUCCGAAACCUAUCACCUCUAACAGCGUGCCCCUGAAAGAAUAUGUGUAGUCAAGAGAAAAUGUGUGAAUAUAAUUGUAUGAAUUGGAGUAUGGGAAGGAGCAAGGUUGAGAAGAGGAAGUAGAAGGCAAAGGAAACAUGUUUUGGACUGUGAGUGGGGGUGAGGAGUUGUGACCUGGAAGGUUUUGACGAUGGGAAGCAUUGGAUUUGAAGCUCUACUCUGCAGUGAUCUUUCACUCUUUUACUGUGAACCUGAUGCAUUUUUAUUUAUUGGAACUAAUAUGUUUCAAAUGUAUUUGUACAUAUUCAUCUCUACAUAUUGUUUGAGACUUUCCAUUAUGCCUUUCAUUAUUCACCUCAUUUGUAUUCUAAUGUAUUUAUUGACUACAAUACACAUUUAUUACAUCGUGAUAUAUAGUAUUAGUGCACAGACAGCUCACAAUACUUCAGGGGAUGCCUGGAAGACACGACGUCAAUCACCAUAAACAUCUUUAAGAUAUUCGUUUUGUGUGCCUUGUGGUGUGAAGAUUUUAUUGAUUUCUUUCACAAUUCUUCUCAGAUGUCUGUUAAAUUACUUCACAGAUUUUGUCUCAUGACUAUGUAAUGGAGUUUGAAUAAGUCAAAAUUGUAAAAGAAUAAACAGAUUUUUUCCAAGGGUGUUAUGUUUUUACGUAUGUUUAGUUCAUGACAAACUGAUCUUUUUUCAUUGUUUGCCCAGAGUAUUGGGGGCCUCAUAUCUGUGCUAAAUGUUCAGCUGUGCACAACUCCAAAUGUGUUCCUGUUGCUCUGACCUUGGGUAAUAUAAUGAUGGCU